ACCCUCGUCGAAAUGACGACGCGUAUCCUCUCGUUGUUCGUGUUGUGCACGAUGAUCUGCCAGAUCUGUCUCGCGAAACCAGCCCAAGUGUUACAGAGCCAGGAGUCGUUGAGCCCUGUAAAAGAAGCGACAUCCGAAGUUGUUGGUAACAAGAGGGAUCAACGAUCGCCACAGUUUGGAUUCCUCAACGAAGAAUUCUCGAAUCCGAUACUAUCGCGACCAGGUUUUCCAGAGCCUAUAGUUUAUCCAGCACAGGCUAGUGAAUCGGAAUCUUUCGCGGAAUCUUCCGCAGAAUCCAUCAGCACGAAUGGAGGUCUUUCCAUAGAGGAAAGUCAAGCGAAUGCGCAGAGUGCUAGUUUUAAUUUCGGCCCGUACUCUGCGUCUUUCAACGUUGCCGAAUCUUCCUCGGGAAGCCAAAGCUUUUAACACGUCCAACGUAAUUAUUUAUCUUUUUUCUGUUUUCCUUUCUUUCUUUCUUUCUUUUUUUUCUUUUUCAAUCUACUCUAUCUCUAUCUUUGCGCAUGAAUUUUUAAACGAACAAUAACAAUUCCCCUCUCGAUUUACAUUCUUAUAUCAUAUUUCUUCGUCUCAACAACAUCCGCUUGUUUAUUAAUAUUAUAUCAUAUAUUAAAUAUUCCUACAGUGUAUACUUGUUACCUUGAAACCAAAAC